ACCUUCAGUUAGCAAACAAUAGUAAAUUAUACACCUUUUCGCAAUGUUCAUAAGACCUUUUAAAAUAAAAAGUAACAUCCUUAUGACCGGAUCGGAAAGAAAGCGUCUUAAACUACGCGUUCAAACACAAUUUAAUGCACCGGAUUUAUCAUCGCUGGCGGAACUGUUUGGCAACAAGUGCAAGGUGUGUGUGGUCAAACUAGUGACUUACAAUGAGACUCCGGUCGCUGUUUAUACGAGUGAUAAACGGCCGGUAUUCUUCGAACUAGAGGAGAAACUUUUUCCGACGGUAUACACCCUAUGGAAUUGUGCUGACAUUGUUCCUUAUUUUACUACCCAUCCGGCAGUUUUGCCGAAGUUGGCCAACGGUGCCGAUCUCAUGAUACCGGGUGUAGUUCGUCAUGGAAGUGACUUGCGUUCAUGGGGCAACUACCGCAAGGACGACGUGGUUGCUGUGAAUUUGACCUCUAAUCGGGCCGCGGUCGGAGUGGGACUCCUAGCCCACUCAAGUGACGAUCUGUACAUGUGCGGUGGUCAUGGUGUUUGCGUUCGAAUGCUGCACGUGUUUGGCGAUAAACUCUGGGGAAUGGAGCCAUCGGUGUGCGCACAAGUACCGCUGCAGGGUGCCACACAGAGCAUUCCCAAAGCGGAAGACUUUCCGCCGUUGGGUGCACCGGAGGAAUCGAGCCAGAAGAGAGAAAUCUCCGAUUUAGUGGCUGAGCUGCAGGAUGCUACCAUUGGUGAUCAUCAAGAAGAAGAGGUUACUGUGGUUGAGCCAGAACAGGAGAUCCCACUGAAUCCGGACGAUCUUAUUAAAGCAGCAUUUUUGAAUGCUCUUAAAUUGCAUGGAAAAAAAAUCCCUUUGCCUAUACUAACCAGCACGUUCUAUCCUCAAUACGUUCAACCGGAAAUUCCCGAAGGUAUUGAAAUAAAGCGCAGCUCUUUCAAAAAAGUUGGUACCUUUUUAAAACAAAUGGCAGACGAUGGGCUGAUACAAAUUAAAGAAGAAAAAAAGGGCGUUGAAAAAAUUACUGCAAUUAGUUUAGACCACACCGAUAUUUUGUCGUUUAGACCCUACAAAUCUCUGAAAGUUAACGAAACCGAUGGUAACGCUGUGGCAGAUCAAGUCGCUUCCACUCCACUGUUGUUGACGAAGAUGGUGGAAAUGUACGCUGUUAACGAGUUAACCGAGAAGCUAUUUGUAUGUCUAGGAAUUCCGGUAGGUCGUGCUUUAGACGAGACGCAAGUGCGGAAUCAUAUAAAGGAUUAUGUUGGAAGACACAAACUUAUGAAUCAAACUAGUAAAUUAGUGGCAUUGGAUGAAACCCUUAUGCAGCUCUGCGGUUCAGAACCGUCCGACAUAAGUUUAGCCCGUUUGACUGACAUUGUUUUGCGACAAAUGACCAGCACUUUUGAAAUGCGCAGCCAAAAAGGUCCCGUGCAGAAGGGAGGCAAGCGAUCGAUAAUCCAUCUAACGACCGCCACCAGAUCCGGCAACAAGAAGGUAACACUGGUCAGUAAUCUCGAGGACUACGGAGUGAACCUAGCGGAGUUUGCAAAGGCGGUCAAAAUUGGUGCGGCCGCCAGUACCAGCAUGACGGAAGUUCCCGGCACCAAGGGGGAACAACUUUUGGUGCAAGGCAAUCACGUUAAGUUCGUGUACGACUUACUAACCGGAGCCUAUCAGAUUCCAAAAGCUUGCAUUACCGGACUGGAAAACGCUAAGGAGCAGAAAAAGAAGAAGAAAAAGUAAAGUGGUUAUCAAAACAUCUGACGAAAAAAAAUAUAU